AGCAGCACUGGGGCAUAGUUUUGUGUUGGAGCAUAACGCGUGUCACAGCCCUGUGCCUGAUUUCAUUUUCUUCCUUUCUUCCGUUUUGCUGAGCGGCUUAGAGCUCAUCGUUUGUGUUUCUGAUUGUAAUUGGCCUGAAGAUUGACGCAGCCAUAGAGCGAGUUAAUCCGAAUUGGCUCGAGCUCGCCGAUGAUCCGGUGCCAAUUACAAAGUGUGAGCAAAUGGGGCUAAUAUGACGAGGAGAGAAAACAUUUGCUUGUUUUUUUUUUUUUUUUUUUUUUUUUGUGACAAAUUAUCUAAGUGGAAAGCGAUGAGUGGCCCUGCUCUACUUUCUAAUUGGACUCCUCCUCUCUUACCCUCUAAUUACCUCUCCCCGUGAUCUGACUGUGUCUCUCUCUCACACAGAGAAAUAGAAAAAAACGAGAGAGAGAGAGAGAGGGAGGGAGAGUAGUAAUUGAUUGCCUUCCAGCCAGCAAUAACAUGUUAGCAGUGGUCGCUGCUGCUCCUUGUGCAUCGCCGUCCACCAAAUGGGUUGGACUCGCUGUGCGCUACUCUGGAAGCGCGGCUCAGAGACGCGGCGGGACUCUUACUGGGAGUCAGAAGUGUCCACGCAGCCAGGCGGCCGACAUGAGGCUGCAGAGGCACCUGUGAUCCGAGCUGUUUUAUUUUCCUCCUGUUCUCUCCGUGCACAACUGUCUUCACCACUAUCAUUUGGGGCUUUGAAGCGUUCUUCUUUAAAACUGCGACCCACCGAGCAGCCAUGACCUCUAAGGACACCUCGAAAUGCCCGGUGGAGCUGGAGGAGAGGGGGCGCAGUCCGCUGGAUCAUCUACCUCCACCGGCCAACUCCAACAAGCCGCUGACGCCUUUCAGCAUCGAGGACAUCCUCAACAAGCCGUCCGUCCGGAGGAGCUACUCCCUGAGCGGAGCGGGGCGUCUGAUCUCUCCCGGGGAGAAGCUGCUCUCGGCGGGCCACAGCCUGCCGGGCGGGCCGCUGCUCUGUCAGUCGUCGCCGCUGUGCGCACUGGAGGAGCUGGCCAGCAAAACCUUCAAGGGCCUGGAGGUCAGCGUCCUGCAGGCUGCUGAGGGCAAAGAUGGCCUGGCCUUCUUCGGUCAGAGGAACAACCCUAAAAAGCGCAGGAAGUCCCGCACGGCCUUCACCAACCAUCAGAUCAACGAGCUGGAGAAGCGUUUCCUGUACCAGAAGUACCUGAGCCCCGCAGACCGGGACCACAUCGCCCAGCAGCUCGGCCUGACCAACGCGCAGGUCAUCACCUGGUUUCAGAACCGACGGGCGAAGCUUAAACGGGACCUGGAGGAGAUGAAGGCGGACGUGGAGUCGGCCUCGGCUGUGGGAGCCGUGGCUCUGGAGAAGCUCUCCAAGCUGGCCGAGCUGGAGAAGACAGGUUUGGGCGGAGGGGUGGUCUCCGCGCCGGGACGCGCAGAGAGAGACCAAGUGUCCUACACGUCCCAGAAUAACACUACCGACAUCCUCUACUCCAGCAGGCCGCACGCGUCGCCUCCUUCUCCCGCGUCUCCUCCGUACACAGACCCGCCCAGCAGCAAGUGCUGCUCGGAGGAUCCAGACGAGGAGAUUGACGUGGAUGACUAAAAC